AUGGCGGGCGGUGGAGAAGGCGUCGGCGCCGGCAGGGACGUUGUCCACGUCGUCAUGUUCCCCUUUCUCGCCUUCGGCAACAUAAGCCCGUUCGUGCAGCUGGCACGCAGGCUGGUCUCCGGCGAGGCCGCCGGGUCCGCGUCACGUUCUGCUGCUGAAGAGAAGACCGACGACCAGAACUACCAGGAGGCCCAGGAGUUCUACGAGGAGCACUCAGCUACUGAUCUAGGAACUAUCACCACAAUACAGAGAUUUGGGUUCUUCUUUCGAAAACCCGGGUCAUUUCAGAGGGUCCUGCCCCAGAGCCUGCCCCAGGUCCCCGGCCUGCCCGCGGGGGCCGCGAUCAUUGCCGACAUCUCCGGCGACGGCGCCGAACUGCUGAAGCUCGCCCUCGACGGCGCCCGGCCCGAGGUGCGCGCGCUGCUCGCCGAGCUCCGCCCGAACGUCGUGUUGCUCGAGUUCGCCACCUCCUGGGUCUGCGACGUCGCCGCGCCUCUCGGCGCAAAGGUGCUCUACUUCAGCGUCUUCUCCGCCGUCUCCUUCGCCUACUUCACCGUCCCCGCCCGCCUCGCCGGCGGGCAGCCGCCGUCCGCCCUGACCGCCCGCAACCUCAUGGUGGCGCCUGCCGGGUACCCUGCGGCCUCGCCGCUCACCUCCGCGCCACCCCAGCUACAGGGACCGGCCCUGGUGUACCCAUACACCAGCUUCCACGGUAUGCCGUGCGUGUACGACCGUGUAGUCGCCAGUGUCGAGGGCAGUGCCGGCAUCGUCUUGAAAACCUGCCGGGAGAUGGAGGGCCCCUACAUCGAUUACAUCUCCUCCCAGUUCGGAAAACCCGUGCUCCUCGCCGGGCCCGUCGUGCCGGAGCCGCCGCAGGGCGAGCUCGAGGAGCGGUGGGCCAGCUGGCUCUCCUCCUUCCCGGACGGUGCCGUCGUGUUCGCGUCGUUCGGGAGCGAGACGUUCCUGCCCACCGCCGCCGCGACGGAGCUCCUCCUCGGGCUGGAGGCCACCGGCCGCCCGUUCCUCGUCGUGCUCAACUUCCCCAAGGGCGCGGACGCAGCGGCGGAGCUCGAGGCGUGCACCCCGCCGGGCUUCGAGGGGCGGGUGAGGGGGAGAGGGCUGGUGCGCACGGGCUGGGUGCCGCAGCAGCACAUCCUGCGCCACCGGAGCGUCGGCUGCUUCGUCAACCAUGCUGGGUUCAGCUCCGUCGUGGAGGGGCUCGUCGCCGGCUGCCGCCUGGUGCUGCUGCCGAUGAAGGGCGACCAGUACUUCAACACCGCGCUGUUCGCGCGCGAGCUCGGCGUCGGGGUGGAGGUGGAGGUGGCGCAGCGGGAUGACGGGUGGUUUGGGCGCGGGGACGUGGCAGACGCUGUCGCCGCUGCGGUGGCGACGGGAGGUGACGGAGAUGCGAAUUGGAGGGACUUCUUUACUAAUGAGGCCGUGCAAAAUAAGUUCCAGGUCGACUUCAUCAGGGAGCUGAAGAAGGUCGUGAGGGCGUAAGUGCAGAUGAUACCAGUGGCGGAUCUAAGAAUUUAAGGAUUUUAUUAUUUCUCUUCUUCUUCAUCCAUACUCUUAAUUCUUUUUCGGAGACUUUGGGAGGCUCCAUGGGAUGUAUGGGACUAUGGGUA